ACUGGUUAGCGCGAUCUUGGGUUGGUUGUAAAGUCCCUGUAGGCUGUCUCACACGCGUCAGGGAUCUCGGAUGGGGGUGACUGCGCCGCCCUUGCUGCUCCUGCUGCUGGCGGCCGCCUUGGCCCGGACCCAAACCCGCGCGGGCUCACACUCGCUGCGGUAUUUCAAAACCGCCGUGUCCCGGCCCGGCCUCGGGGAGCCCCGGUUCAUGGAAGUCGGCUAUGUGGACGACACGGAGUUCGUGCGCUUCGACAGUGACGCGGAGAAUCCGAGAUAUGAGCCGCGGGCCCGGUGGAUGGAGCAGCAGGGGCCUGAGUAUUGGGAGCGGGAGACGCAGGGAGCCAAGGAAAAGGAGCAGACUUUCCGAGUGAACCUGAGGACCCUGCUUGGUUACUACAACCAGAGCGAGGGCGACUCUCACACACUCCAGUUGAUGUUUGGCUGUGACGUGGGGUCGGACGGGAGGCUCCUCCGCGGGUAUGAUCAGUUCGCCUACGACGGCCGCGAUUACAUCGCCCUGAACGAAGACCUGAAAACGUGGGCGGCGCCGGACGUGGCGGCGCAGAUGACCCGAAACAAGUGGGAGCGGGCUCGUUAUGCAGAGAAACGCAGGGCCAAUCUGGAAGGAGAGUGUGUGGAGUCGCUCCGCAGAUACCUGGAACUCGGGAAGGAGACGCUGCUGCGCUCAGAUCCCCCAAAGGCACAUGUGACCCUUCACUCCAGACCUGAAGGUGAUGUCACCCUGAGGUGCUGGGCCCUGGGCUUCUACCCUGCUGACAUCACCCUGACCUGGCAGUUGAAUGGGGAGGACCUGAUCCAGGACAUGGAGCUUGUGGAGACCAGGCCUGCAGGGGAUGGAACCUUCCAGAAGUGGGCAUCUGUGGUGGUGCCUCUUGGGAAGGAGCAGAAUUACACAUGCCUUGUGGAGCAUGAGGGGCUGCCUGAGCCUCUCACUUUGAGAUGGGAGCCUCCUUCAUCCACUGACUCCAACAUGGAAUUCAAUGUCAUUUAUGUUGUCCUUGGAGCCGUCUCUGUUGUGGCCAUCAUUGGAGCUGUGAUCAUUGGAGCUGUGUUGGCUGUUGUGAGGAAGAGAAACACAGGUGGGAAAGGAGACUACACCCCUGCUCCAGACAGGGACAGCUCUGAGAGCUCUAAUGUGUCUCUCCCAGAUUGUAAAGCAUGAAGACAGCUGCCUGAAGUGAACUGAGUGACAGACGAUGUGUUCAGGUCUCUCCUGUGACAUCCAGAGUCCUCAGUUCUCUUUAGACACCAGUGUCUGAUGUUCCCUGUGAUUCUAUGGCUUCAGUGUGAAGAACUGUGGAGCCCAGCCUGCCCUGCACUUCAGGACCCUGUCCCUGCACUGCCUGCAUUCCCUUCCACAUUCAACCUUGCUGGUCCAGCCUGGGGUUGGGGGCUGGGGACAUCUGCACCCUAUCACUCAGUGGUGCUUUGAACAGCAACUCCUCACUUCUACACUGAGAAUAAGAAUCUGAGGGUGAACUUGACUGUUCACAUCCUUGACACAGUGUUGAUUGCUUUUUAAAUUACUGGAUUGAGAAUACUUAGAGGUUGUUUUUUGUUUUUGUUUUGUUUUCUUUUAAAUAAAUGGCAGGUGGAGAACCUUCCAGAA